UUAGAGUAAUGCAACAGAAGGCUUUUGAGGAAAGCAGAUAUCCCUGGCAGGAAUCCUUUGAGAAUGUUGCUGUGUGCCUGCCAUUCUGCUGCCCGAGGUGUGGAGACCAUACCAGAUUUAGAAGCUUGUCAUCCUUGAGGGCCCAUCUGGAAUUCAGUCACAGCUACGAAGAAAGAACCCUCUUGACAAAAUGCAGCCUCUUUCCAGCUCUCAAAGACACAGACCUUGUCACUUCCUCAGAACUCCUGAAACAGGGAAAAUUGCAGAGCAGUGGCAACGUGGUAAAGCAGAAACCGAGCUAUGUUAACUUGUACAGCAUCUCACAUGAACACUCCAAGGACAGGAAGCCAUUUGAGGUGGUGGCAGAGAGGCCUGUGUCCUACAUGCAGACCUACACUGCAAUGGACCUACGUGCAGACUCACUGGAUGGGCCACGGGCAAGUCCCGGACUUCCCACCUCAGACACCAAAGCUGCUUUUGAAGCACAUAUCAGAGAAAAAUUCAAUCGGAUGGUCGAGGCUGUGGAUAGAACCAUCGAGAAGAGAAUUGAUAAACUCACCAAAGAGUUGGCCCAGAAAACUGCCGAACUGUUGGAAGUCCGGGCAGCUUUUGUGCAGCUGACUCAGAAAAAGCAAGAAGUUCAGAGACGAGAGCGGGCCCUGAAUCGACAGGUGGACGUGGCCGUGGAAAUGAUAGCUGCGCUGAGGCAGCGCCUGACAGAGUCAGAGGAGGAGCUUCUUAGGAAAGAGGAGUAAGUGGUGCGGAGCAGGAUGACCCCAGGG